UGUGUAGCCAUAAACUAGUCCCCCCUCUUCGUGGUUCGUCCGAUCGAUGUACGACUGUUGGAGUCAGUAUAGAAUGUGGUUUAUCAGACUGCUUCUGGCAGCCCAUAGAAAAGCAAGUGGUUUACCGAGAGAGUGUACGCGCGCGCGCUUUAAGAAGUCCAAAAGUAACUUGAAGAGAAGAGAAAUCUUUAGUGACUGUUCAACUGUUUGGUACUUUUAAAAUUAUACAUGAUAGGUGUUCAGUAAUAACUGUUUAUUGUGACCAAGGAUUUUGAAAAAUACCUCCGAAGUGUGCAUGGUUUGGAAACGUGGUUGCCCUCAGGAAAAAUUAUAGUACACUUAGUUCACGCUAAGCGAGAGUUGCAAAAAAGUGAGAGAUAUUAAAUCUAUCAGUCACGCCGCUUGUUGAACUCGUCAAGGCUGAAAACACUGAAUCAGAACAAAGGUCGUCGUAGGAGAAGAGAACAUAAUAACUAACGUUAUACAGGUUACAUUGUACCAGGAUUGUUGCUUCACCAAAGUUACAGAUGGAUAACGACAACAACAACGGAAGCGAUCGCAUCGGGCCCUUGUUCCGUGAUCGGCACGUACUAAUCACCGGUGGAACUGGAUUUAUGGGAAAGGCUCUUAUCGAAAAAUUACUAAGAUGUACAGAAGUGGCCAAAAUUUACUUGCUAGUCAGACCAAAGAAGGGAAAAUUACCCAAGCAGCGGUUAGAAGAAAUGUUUGCCAAUCCGAUCUUUGCAUCGGUAAUUCAGCUCCGUGGUCUCGACACAUUGAUUUCCCAAUGCGUGCUGAUAGGAGGCGAUGUCAUGGAACCGGACUUGGCUAUCUCGGAAGUGGACAAGCAGCUGAUAAUAGACAACGUUUCUAUUAUCUACCACUGCGCCGCCACAAUCCGUUUCGACGAAGCACUUAAAAAAGCAGUUCUUCUAAACACCCGCGGAACGAAACUGAUGGUCGAACUGGCGAAGCAAUGCAAAAAGCUGGAGAUGUUCGGCUAUGUUUCAACCUCGUACUGCCACCUGAACGAAAAGCUGUUGAUGGAAAAGCCUUAUUCACCACCGGCCAAUCCGCACAAGGUCAUCAAAGGUAUUGAGUGGCUCGAGGAUAACGUGGUCGAAGGAAUGACCCGAAAAGUACUCGGAGAAUGCCCCAACACUUACGCUUACACCAAAGCCCUCUCUGAAGCGCUAGUGGUAGAAUCGAUGGAAGACAUUCCUGCGGUUGUCUUUCGACCUUCGAUUGUGGCGCCAACCUGGAAGGAGCCGCUGCCCGGCUGGACGGACAACAUCAACGGCCCAGUUGGAAUGCUGAUCGGAGCCGGCAAGGGUGUCAUCAGAUCUAUGUACUGCAACUCGGAUGGCUACGGCGACCAUAUGCCGGUUGAUUUUGCCGUGAGUGCGAUUUGCGUAAGCACCUGGAACUACAUCGGAAGAAAGGAUUAUUCGCGCAACAUUUAUCAUCUAGUGAGCUCAUCCGACAUAAAGGUAUCGUGGAAAGAACUCAUAGAAGUGGGCAGGUCUAUUACGGCCCAUAAGGUACCACUGAAUGGCGUUUUCUGGUACCCCGGAGGAACGAUGAAAAAAUACCGAUGGCAACACAACCUGUCCGCAUUUCUUUUCCACUGGAUUCCGGCGGUGCUAAUCGACUGUCUGCUGUAUGUACUUGGACACAAACCGAUACUUUGCCGUGUGCAUCAGCGGAUUGCCAAGGGAUUUGAGGUUUUCGAAUACUAUGCUAACAAUCAGUGGGACUUUGACAAUGCCAAUCUAGUGUUCCUUCGGACGAUACUUAACGAAGAGGAGAAGGUGAAAUAUAAAAUUGAUGGCGAAGGUGUUGUUGUUGAGGAGUUUUUCGAAGCAUGCGUGUGGGGCGCCAGACGAUUUAUCCUGAAGGAACCAGACGACACUUUACCGGCGGCAAGAAGACACAUGAAAAUCAUGUGGUGUGUUGACAAAAUUUGCAAAACUCUCAUAGUCGGUGCCUUUUUGUACUAUUUUGGCAUGUGGAUGUACAACAAAAUAUUCUCUGGCAUUUUUCAAUGACAGAAGGAGAUCAGUGGCGCCACCAAAUGAUAGAGCAACAAAACACCCCCCGCAACAAUAAUAGGACAUUAUUAUCAGCAGUUUAUCAACACUCAACAGCACCACCCAAACAACCCAGUCUGGGUUUAGUCUUUCCAAGUUAGUCAAUUUUGAUGAGACGCAUUGUUCACCCACUCACGAGGUUGCUCAAACUGCACAAGUUAUUAAUUUGAUGGGUUGCUUGGGAAAUACCAUCAUAACCGUUACAUGUCUGUUAACCUGAGGAAAAGUCUGCAAAUUCGAGGAAGGCUUAUUGCUUUCCAUUAUCUACAUAUGUUUAAUUUAAAGAUAAAACUUACCAUAAUUAUAGCUGACCUCAUAGUGGAUUUCAUCAAUUCACACUGUUCCAUGGUGACAAGCGCUGUGAUGCCAUUCCUGUUUGUGAUUACAGAAAUACCCAGGUUAUGAAUCUUCUACUAUUUCCUUCUUCUAAUUUUACUAAUGGUGUCAUUGCAGCUAUUAUCCAGACAGUCAAGCACGAUACCAAUAGUAAGGAAUGACCAAUAGUAAGAAACGUUGUAAAGCUUGGUGUUAUCAUUAAAAUUUAAAAAAAAAAAAAUACAUGUCUCAUAAGACUUCAAUAAGUCCCCAGUUCACACCUGCCUAAAUUGCUGACCAACCAAAGCAGAUGCCGCAUGCAAACUAUAGAGUUUGCUGAUCAUCCGCGCCGAACAAUAGAAUUGGGCAAUAUUCUGGUAUCAAGCGCAUCAUGUCCGAUAUACUUGAAGGAGUAUUUUUUUUUCUUUAAACUUAAAGUAUCGCGAUAUUACAGUAUCGAUUAUAUCGAUUAGAUAAUUAGUAUCACCUACUUCUAGUGAGAGAAGGUUCAUGAAGCACAAUCUUAUUGUAUUGUGACCGGUAAAAUAUAAUAAGUUUUAACACAACAACAUAAUCGGGUAUGUGUUAGGCGAUUCGAAUAAUGUAGUAUAUACUAACGAACAAUAAAAUAUUCAACUAUGCGCAAUGGUUGAAAAA